AUGGAAUUCAUCGUAAUGAUUAAAGAUGUUGUGAUGAAAAAUUAUACUGCCUUGUUCGGAGUACCAGUCAAUAAACAACCGCACAAAUACUCCAAACGCGGAAAACACGUUCCGGCCGGUCGGCAAACCGCCCUCGGUCACACUACUUCCGAUAAGAUGACUGUACCUACAAUUGUGGAUAACAAUGCCCGUUCUUUGUUUGGGAAGCUUCCGGGUUUACCCUACCUGCACUAG